AUGUUAGACCCAGACUCUGGGCUCCUGGUGCCUAUACUGGCUGUCACCAUCCACCCCCAGACGGGCCUGGUCUACCCCCUGGGAGGGGUGUCUGUCUGCCCCCUUACCCGCCUGCCCCAGCCCAUACAGCUGGGCUCGCCUAUGCUGGACCCCCGCACAGGCAACGUGGUCCUGACUGCUGGCGUUGGGCUGGACACAGUCACAGGGGUGGUGUUGCCAGUGGGCGGAGUCCUACUGGGCGAGUCCUUCAUCGAGCCUCUGAGUGGUCGACUGGUGAGAGUGGGCGGGGCCAGCGUCAGGGCGGGGCAGUUGGUGCCCCAUGCAGGAGGAUACCAGACCCUGCUGGGUUACCAGGUGCUGCUGGGCCGACUCAGAGUGGUGGAGCUGCUGAGAGAACUGAUGGAGGACUGGGGCUCCAGGGACACUAGACUGCAGCCCCCACCCAGCCUCUCUGACCCUCCCCAGCCCUGCCAUUCCCUCCUCCCCCAGACUAACAACCCUCGUCUCCCCCAGCCCGACCCCAACUCCCCCCUGAUGAAGUUCUCCAACCCACUCCAGCUCAACAACCCCAACCUGCCCCAAACAAACCUCCCCAACCUGCCCCAACCCAAUAACCCUAAUAUGCCCCAGCCCGACCACCCCCUACCCCAGCCCGACCCCCAGCCUGACCUGGGACGACUGCAGUCUGCAGUCUCGGAGCUGCAGCAGGUUUCUAGAAGGAGUCUGCACUGCCAGCUGCAGCUGCAGACCAGACUGGAGAUGCUGCUGGACUGGGCCUGUGCCGUGGCGCGGGACGGAGGGGUUCUGGGCGAGCUGCCCCUCCCAGACUCAGAGCUGUGCGUCCCAGCGCUGCUGGGGCAGGAGUACCCUGACCCCCAGGGCUCCGGCCUCCAGGUGCCUGUCCUGGGGGCCCAGCCGGACCCCCUGUCUGGGCGCAUCUUGGCCUUGGCGGGCACCAUGGAGGACCCCCAGGGGAAAGGACUGGUGGCGAUCCGCUGUGGUGCCCUGGCCAUCGACCCGGUGACGGGGGGACUGGCUGCCGUGGUGGGGGCCCGGCUGGACCCGAGCACACGCACAGUGGUGCCCGUGACUGCCCCCUACUGGCUAGCCCUGGGAGAACAACCUGACAGCAUACAGGUGGAGGCGCUGCAGAAGGAGGUGUGUGUCAGGACCAACCAAUGGCUGCAGCAGAAACAGAAGGAAGAGGAGCUACUGUCUGACCUGGAUGUUGCUGUACAGCGCUGUCUCCACACGGUCUCACUGGACCCUCCUGGGCAGGUCCCCUGGGCAGACAGCGAGCGCCAGCUGAGAGAAGCUGUGCUGGAGCUCCAGGAGUCUGGCCAAUCAGAGGCCCAGAGCCGGGCCGCUCGCCAGGGCCACUUAGCCCUGGUCCUGCCUCCCUGCACCCUGCACACACUCACAAUCAGUGAUGCUGCAGAGUGGGAGCAGCGGUGUGUGUGUCAGGCGGAGCUGCUGGCAGGGCUGGACCUGGUCAGUGUGUGUGUGGAGGGCCUUCAGCAGGACCAAGAGAGAUGGACCAAGGAGGAAGAGCUGACAGGAGCAGGACACACCGAGGACUGGGCACUGAGGCAGAGAGAGUUGUGGGAGCAGCUGACCUCCAGACAGGCAGAGCUGGACUCUGCUCUCUCAGCCCUGCACUGUACCAGACUCAUCAGCCAGCUUCACGCAGAGACAGCCCAGGCGGUCCUCUCCAGAAAAUUCUGGUACCGGGACUUUGGUCUGGGCCGGCCUAGUGGGCCUGCUUGGGCCGGCGAAGCUAGAACUCCUGUGAAGGUUGUCGGUGUGGCCCAGCAGAAGACCCUGGUCCUGCUGGAGAGACUGACCCAGCUGCUGGAGCAGAAGCAGCCCAGUCUACCCCCCAGCGCCUGCUGCCAACACCUCUCUGGUCUGUCCAGAAAGCAGGCGUAUGGCCUGGAGGCCUGCUCUCCUGUCUGGACAGCAUCGCUCCCUGGGGUCAAAGGAAUCUCCACCCAGUCUCUGAGGGAGCCAGGGAGGGCCCAGGGCAGUCGGCCUCACACACGCACAGCUCAGAGACACACUGCAGCGUCCUCAGGAGUGCAUUCCCAGGAAAGCCAACCAAUGAAGGAGCAGGCUCAUCCAACUCAUGUCUGUGUCCCCACGCUGUCAGAGGAAGAGUGGGACAAGCUGCUGGAGUUCUCUCCUCUGUUCCAGCUCCUCAAAGGGGUGGAGCUACAACUGAGGGGGCGGGCCAGAGAGGCUGGGCUCCUGAGAGCGGAGGCCUGUGAUAGGUCAGGCGUGGUAAGCUCGUUUGUUGAUGUGAUGGAUGCCCAUUGGGAGUGUGAGGGAGAGUUGAUCCCCCUGGAGGUGACGUCCCUGAACCUUAGAGAGACGCUGGUCCUCCAGCAUGGCCUCUUCCUCCUCGGGACCCUGCACUCCCUGGGCCUGACUCCAGCUGUGUCACUCCAGAUAGCAGCUAGUCUUCCACCCAACAACUACCACAACAACGCCUUCCGCAACUCCUUCUUUUACAAGGAGGUGGAGGAGACGGUGUUUGUGCGUCGCCAGCGGCUGCAGUGCGUGGGCGGGUUCUCUCUGCUGCUGACCCACUGCAUGUCACACAUCGCUGUCCGAGACCUCAGCAACGACUCCAGCCCCGCCUUCCAACGAGUCUUCUUCAAGGCACUGCAGGCCUGCAUGGGAGAGCUAUUCCAAGCCAGACUUGGAGGUCUCUCCCCAGCAGAGGAGGCCUCUUCCUGGGACUCCCUCUCCUACUCUAGCCCCCUGUUAGAGAGGCUCCAGAGGCCUAGUCGGAGCCUGCUAUCUCAGGAUGACAUGGGGAAGCUGCAGCAAAAGCACAGAGAGGUGUCCCAGCUGCGUAGGGCAGAAGACCUACUGAAGGAGAUGAGCAGUUCGGACACACAAGGACACCCUGCAGGGAUGACCCACUGACAGAUGCAGACCCAAAGCAUCAACAAGUAACCUGCUGGAGAAAUGAACUACUGGCAGACACACAGAAGGAGCCUGCUGUAGAGAUGAACCACGGACUAUCACAGACAGAGGUCUGGGUGAAAGGACUAUUGUAUGUUUAUUGGUCAGCUCUUGGACGUUGUGAAAUCCUGCACACGGAGCAUUGAGUGUGAAUUGGACGGCUUGUAUAAAUAAAUAUCCAGACAAGUAGGGAUGUCUUUAUCUACAUUACAUCAUCUUCAUUCCUAAGAUAUAUAAGGGUCUAGCUCAUGUUGAUGUGAUGCAAAAUGAGACAACUUUAAAAGUGUAUUGAAAAUGUUUGUUUAAAUCAGCAUUUGUGUGGACAACUAAGAAUUGAAAUAACUUACAAACAACAGAAACAAAUAAAAUGAUAACUAAAGAUUUGUAUCCUUUAUUAUAGUUUUGUUUUUUUAUUACAAAGCAGUAUUUGAAUGUUCCUGAAUGAAGGCACAAGCAAGAAAAAGUCUGUCUAACAUAUUGCAUUGCAGAUGUUUAUUUACUUUAAAGCUGGGCAGGGUCAAACACACACACACAAUCACACGCAUGCACACUGAAA